AUGAAUUUCAUUCUCAACAUCCUCCUCCUCUCCGGAUUCAUCGCACUUUGCCAAGCAGCUUGUAAUGUCUGCAACUGCAAUGCUCCUCCAACAAUUUUCGACGAGGCACAGUUCAAUGCUGUAGUUAAAAAUUCCGGAAAUCCCGAAAUCAGAACAUUCAUUGAGGCAACUAGUCAUAAAAUCACUGACUGUGUCGUCACGUUGGAUUGCGAUUUCGGUGACAGUUAUGAGGAGAAUCGUAUCGUUUACCUGACUGCGGAUGGAGGAGAAUCGUACUCCUUGAAUCUCAAUGAUAUGGUGUGCGUCGAUGGAUCCAAGUGGACUGCCGACGGAAAAGAAGUUACCGCUAUUGGAUGCUACGGAAAACAAUCCCCUGAUUUCGGUGAAUAUUGA